AAAUAUCAUUCUCUCAUCACCUUUGAUGAGAAUUGGUUUGCAAUGGAUCGCCUAAAAACAAUUUAUCAAUGCAUUCGAUUCGUGUGGUGCAAAUUGAAAACCCGCUUGUGGAAUAACGAACCCGAAAGCAAUUGCUUUCGUUUGGUGGAUGUGUUUCUUAUGAUUGGAGGAAUCCUUUGCACAACAAAGACCAAGUCUCACAAAAUAUUGUGGAUUUCCUAUCGGGUGUACACUUAUCUAAUUUACACGAUUCAAAUAAUUCACGCAGUCGAAAAAUCUCUAUCAGAGAACAACGUUGUGGCAACUUGUUGGUGUGUGAUGGCAGUAGUCAUGGUCUUUAUAGCAUUUCUGAACGAGAAUAUAAUUCAAAAAUCUGCACCGAUGAUUGACAGUGUUCGACAGUUCAUUUGCAGAAGAUCUGAUACGUCGAGUGAUUAUCAAUACGAUUUAGCAGCCAGAAAGAACUUUGUUCGAACAUCUCAAAUUGUGUCACUUGGAGUUCUAUUACUGAUUAUCAUGGAUGAAAUGUUCAUUCCAUUAAUUCUUAUUUUCCACGAGGAUCGUAUCUUUGGGAUACCGCAUAUUCUAAGUUUUUCAAACCUCAUGAUAAGAGAAACGGUGCACUUGUCUUACUUGAUUAUGGUGCUACCAAUCUGGUUGUCCAAAAUGUUUAUACCAAUAGUGCUGUCUACACUAUUGAUCACAGGCAUUCGAUCCGAAUUGGAAAUCUUUACCAAAGAAUUCGAGGAAUUCUGCACCAGCGCACGAAAGCAUGCACACAAUCACCGCGAAAACAUAUUCUGGAGUGAGCUGACUGCAGAAGUUAAUAUCCGUCUUGCAAAGCAUGCAUCGUAUCUUGAAAUUCAACAUCAGCUGGGCAGUCUACUCAGCAAAUUGUUCUUGGUCACUUACUACGGAGAUGUCAUCUCUAUAGGGACGAUGAUUUUCGUCCUUUUGAAAGAGGGAUUUUCGCCCAGUAGCCCUGUACUGUUGCUUUCAAUCGUAUCAUUUUUGACUCAAUGCUAUUGGUGGUGCACUCUUGCUGAAUAUUUCCAGAAAAAUAACGAUGCAGUUCAGCAACAUUUGACGGACCUGAUGGUAGCCAUCCCUUACCGGGGACAACAUAAAUCGUACUACUGUCAACUGCGAACAUCUUUGAUGAUUUUGAAAACUUGUACUACAGGAAGCACCUCCAUGAAAAUGGCUGGCGAGCAGAUCAUCAACAUACAGAUCGUUACACGAUUGCUGAACAUUUCCUAUUCGGCUGUGACUUUUCUGAUUGACAUGGAUGACUAAGGAGUGGAUUGAUAUAAGUGUGAAUUAAUAUUUGACGUAACAUAGUUUCUUAUAUAUGUGUUUGCGUAGUACCGUACUUAGAGCACUUUCUAUGAAUAAUUCCGUUUUAAUGAAUCAUGACCUAGCUUGCAAUCUGAAUAAUUGUUGUACAAUAAUAUUUUGUAGUACUUGAUGAUGCAUUAUAAAUAAAAU